AAUAAUAUUCAACGUAAAAAAGUUGAAAUAGAAUUCAAAGAAGAAAUAGAAAUGCUUUACGAUAAUUUUGAAAAUAGAAAAGCUAUUCCAAAUAACGAUUCAUUUUCUAAUUAUCAAAUAAACGAAAAUUCAGUGAAAACUAUUGUAUUAAAUUCACUCAAAUCGGCUAUUGGAGAUUCGUUUUCACAAAUUACUGAUUAUGAAAUUUCAUUUUAUGCUCUCGGUCUAGAUUCUUUAUCCGCAACAAAACUGAGAGGUAUUCUUCAAAACCAAUUUUCGGAUAUAAAACUUCCUCAUAAUAUAGUUUUUGAGUAUAAUACAGUUCAAAGUCUUACAAAUUAUUUGAAAAAUGAAUUAUCAAAAAACUGCGUUUCACAAAAUAAUAAUAAAGAAAAAUUACAAGAACUUAAAACUGAAGUAAAUUUAUAUAUUCAAAAAUAUAGUAAAACAGAUAGUUUUCCUUCCGUAGGAUAUUUUAAUUGGCUAGAUUAUUUUGCACAUGUGGCGCGGCUGGUAAACUAUAGUUAUUGCUUUAAUGGAAUUGACGAAGUUAUAAAUGAAAAAGAUGAAAUUAUAAAUGGUGAAACGGUUCUUAUAACAGGUGUUACAGGAUCUCUUGGCUCUUUCAUUCUUCGAGAUUUAUUAAAAAAUCCAAAUGUGCGUAAAGUUUAUUGUUUAGUGAGAGCUUCGGAUGAAAAUCAUGGUUGGUGUCGAUUAGAAGAUUCAUUCAAACAGCGUCAAUUAGAUACUUCAUUAUUAUUUAAAGAAAAUCUUAUUAUAUUACCAUGUGAUUUAGGAGAUUCGAAAUUUGGAUUAUCUGAAAAUAUUUAUUCAAAACUGGUUCAUGAAGUAACAAAAAUUUAUCACGUUGCUUGGAGAUUAGACUUUAAUAAUAAAAUUGAAGUAUUCGAACGGGAAUGUAUUGGUGGAACUGUACAUCUUCUUAUGCUAGCUCGUGAAGCAUAUGCGUAUCAUCAAAAUAUCCAUUUUAAUUUUAUUUCAAGUAUUAGUACAGCUAUUAGAUCAAAAACAAAUGUUAAAGAGGAUGAGUUACCUGGUGAUAUUUCGAAUUCAAUGCUUAAUGGUUACGGGUUAUCAAAAUUCAUUACUGAACAU